AUGCAAAAACCGUCCGGAACGACAAUUCGUCCCGCUUUGGGAAAUACAUUGACGUACAUUUCAACGCAGCCGGCUCCAUUGAGGGGGAAGACUCUGGAAGCCGAUGGUCGCGACGAUGCAGCAGAUCUUGCGGAAAUUCGUUCAGCGAUGAAGGUUCUACUGUUCAAAGAAGCUGAAAUCAGCGCCAUCUUCCAAAUUCUCGCUACUCUGCUCCAUAUCGGAAAUGUUAAGUACAGAGGAAUUGUUGUCGACACCAUUGAUGGGGUCGAGGUCAGCGAUGCAGCAAACGUUGCCCGAAUAGCGAAGCUGCUCCAG